AUGGCAGUAUAUCUACUGUGGAGAGACCAGAACAACAGAAUUCCUCAGAGAAUAAUUUGAGACCGGUUGAAUCCUGUGAGUUUUAUGAUAACGAUGAGUUUUGAAGGAGAUACCGCUUCUUCAACAACUCUGUAAUGCAACUGGAAAGAAAGAGUGGACCAACCGUUAAGCAUGGGAGUGAUAGGAACGAGGCUGUACCCCCACUACUUCAGCUUCUGGUGGCCCUACAGUUCUAUGCAACGAGAUGUUUCCAGAUGGUGAUCUUUUUUUGGAUGGGGACUCCACAAGUCAACCGUCGGCAGGAUUGUAGUCAGUGUCCAGUGCUAUUGCCGGUUUGACGAAUCAGUACAUGAGGUUCAACCCUACAGAGGAAACACCAGCUGGAUUUUACUGGCGUGCUAGAUUCCCGGGUGUACUAGGGACAACAGACUACACACAUUAUUAUUUGCAGUAGCUCUUUUGCUCCACAGCAGGACCCAGAUUACAUGGAGCAGCCGUCCCCCACAGACUACUCCAGGCACUUGCAGGAGGACACCGAGAGGGCCAUCUCCAAAGCUGCAGCCGAUCAGCAGGAGGAGAGGAGCCCAGAGGGACUGCUUACUGCACUCUCUCCACAGUCCUGUGGGGAGAGUGUCUCCCCACGCCUUCCCCCCCAGCCUGAGAUCAAGGUGAACCCUGAAACCCCUCUCAUGCCUCCUUCUAACCCCCCUGUGAAGGAUAAGCCCCCUGCCCACCGUAUUGUAGAGGUGGCCAUCCCCCAGGCCAUGAUGACUCCAAACAUGCAGGGUAUUAUAAUGUCCAUUGGCAAAGCAAGGACUGUGUUUGAAAAGCUUGGGCCUGAAGCGGCCUUCUUCAAGGCCAUUAAGGUGGAGUACACCCGUCUGCUGAGGUUUGCCCAGGAGGACACAGCCCCGGGGAGUGACUACCGACUGCAGCACGUCAUCGUCUACUUCAUCCAGAACCAGGCCCCCAAGAAGAUCCUGGAGAGAACCCUCCUCAUGCAGUUUGCCGACCGAAACCUGGGCUUUAACGAACGGUGUAAGAGCAUUAUGAAAGUGGCGCGUGCCAAACUAGACCUCAUUAAGCCAGAGGAGAUCAACAUGGAGGAGUAUGAGAUGUGGCAUCAGGACUACAGGAAUUUCCGCGAGACAACAAUCUUCCUGAUGAUUGGCUUGGAGCUGUUCCAGAAGAAAAGCUUUGUGGAGGCAUUGAUGUACCUGAUCUACUCAUACCAGUACAACAGAGAGCUGUUGGUCAAAGGGUUGUACCGAGGUCACGACGAUGAGCUCAUAGGGCUCUACCGCAGAGAGUGCCUGCUGAAACUGAACGAGAAUGCGGCGGGGAUGUUUGAGUCUGGUGAGGAGCCGGAGGUGAGCAACGGCUUGAGCAUCAUGAAUGAGCUGGUGGUGCCAUGCAUCCCCCUAUUGCUGAUCCACGACAUAGACGAGGACCUGCUGUCUGUGGAGGACAUGAGGAACCGCUGGUGCUCCUACCUGGGACAAGAAAUGGAGCCUAACCUUCAGGAGAAGCUGACGGACUUCCUCCCCAAGUUACUCGACUGCUCAACAGAGAUCAAAAGCUUCCAUGACCCUCCCAAGCUGCCCACCUACUCCACCUUAGAGCUGGUUGAGCGCUACAGCCGUGUCAUUUCCUCCCUGAGCCGGGUGCCUGCAGACGGGAGAUGAGCUGAGGGGGCAGCAGCCUCACGGCCCUAUACGGCCCCCUGGGCACUCACUCAUGGACCUCUUUUAACCCAUGCCUUCCUUAUAAACCAGGGGUCGCUAGCUGUUAUUCCUCUGUUUCUCUUUUGCUGCUAAAGGUUUUAACAUAAUUUCAAUUAUAUUUUUUAAGCAAAACGCAACAGAAAAAUGUAUGAAUGACCGGACAGUUGGAAAAAGUGAAGCUGGAAAAGUAGUGAAAAUGACGAUCUUGUAGUGAUUGAAAGCCAGCGCAUGCUGCUCCAAGCAUUGUUAAAUGAGGUUGAGGUUGUUUUUUGUAGCUGUUUUUUGUUGUCAUGCGGUUUGCCCCCCCCCCUCUCCCUAUCUUAAACAUCCCUUUCCCCCUUCUCCCAGAUGCUCUGCCAUCAGUUUUGGUACAGUAUUAUCAUAUUGGGUUUUUUCUAAAGAAAGCUACAAAAUGAGAACCAUGUGAUUUAUCUGAGGCUUCCGAUAUCUCAAGUGGGUCUGGGGCCUGCAUCAAAAUGAGAAGUUUUGAGUGCUGUGUUAGACAUCCAUGGACACUCUGUGGCUUGUUAAUAAAUCGAGAGAAUACAAUUUUAUUUAUGGCCCUUUUAGGCCAAAUAUGUAUUUCCUU